UUGGCACGAUGCUGAAGUUUCAAACCGCGACCAAAGAAGACCUGAAACUGGCCGCAUCCAUUCAGCGCAGACGGCAGAUAGAUGCGGAAAGAAAGGAACGAAUAUUCAAUCCACGAUUCAGGAAAAUCGGAAUAGACAAGGAAUUCUUGGACAAACAGGUCGCGGAAAAGAAGCAGCAACGUGAGCUGGAACAGGCCCGAGAAUCUCAGCUCGACGAGAAUUUGAUUCGCAGUAGUAAGGUCGCUUUACUGCUGCAAAAAGAACAAGAAGAGGAAAGGCGAAAUAUAAAUAAGGAGAUCGAACACUUUAGACAGCAGUAUCAGCGUGCCGAACAGCGUCGGGAUUUCGAUCUUUACGAUCCGACUGCUCUUAAAAAAGCCGAUGUCGACCUCUCUUUUGAAGCUGGUUUUGGACAGAAAUUCGCGGGCGAGGACGAUAAUGCAAAAGAACGGUCGAAAGCGCAGAAAGAAGAGAUGAGGUGGUGGAUCGAAAAGCAAAAGAACGAACGUAUGCAGGCGGAGAGGGAACGCGAGGAAGCCGAGAAAGCGUACGAAGCAGCUGUCAUCUCCAGGGACAAGCGUGCCAUGGCGUUAGAUCAGAUGGAACGAGACUGUCGUCGAAGAUUGAACGAAGCCACCGCGCAAUUUAAUCGAGCUCUGGCUGAGGAGCAGAAGUACCGCCGCCACUGCGAAGCCCUUCAAGAGGAGGAGGACAAGAAGGCGGAUAUCUACAAUCACGUGACUGGGGACUUCCUUACGGAAGCCAAAGAGCAGGCGGAGAGCACUCAUGGACCGCACAAACCGUUGGCCUCACGUUACAAGGGCAUGACUGCGGACGAGCUUAGGGUUUUCAGAGAGGCGCAAACACAGCAGCUGAAAGAAAUCGAGAAAAUGAGAUUAGAGGAGAAGCGAAGGGACGAGGAAUGGGAUCGGUUAAUGAACACCCAGGCAGAGAUAGCGGAUUCGUAUCAACGUGAAAUUGACCGGAGAAGAACAGAGAUUAAGAAGAAGAUAGCAGAGGAGAAUUUGGAACUCGCGCAACAACACAAAUCUCAUCAGGAUUAUCUGAAUCGUGUGCUCUACAAAAACAAACCGACUGCAGCCUUUUUUGAACAAUUUAACAGAGACGCCCGCUAAAACGAAAGCUUAUGCAAUGAUACGAAUAAAUGACUUUUUUU